GUCGCCGCCUAGUCAAAACGUUUUAAGGCUGGCACUAUCACACGCACUUGCAUUUCUUCCUAUCCAACAUGGGAUCGCAAACACCCCCCCACACCUUCCCACCAGCCCCGCCGCUGGGCGAGGGGGACGACCAUGACGUCACACUGGAGCUCCCAUCCACCGACAGGCGCCCACACCGCUACUUCAUCCUUCCCAAUGGCAUCGAAGCCGUCGUGAUAUCCGACGUGAAUGCCGACAAGGGUGCAGCAAGCAUAUCAGUUCAAGCCGGGUCCAUGAAUGAUCCCGAAGACCUCCCGGGAUGUGCACACUUCUGCGAACAUCUUGUGUUCAUCAGCUCCAAGAAAUUUCCCGAGGAAGACGGAUACAAAGCCUUCCUGAAAGCCAACAAUGGCGGUUCCAAUGCUGGAACCGGUAUGACGCACACCGACUACUUCUUUGAUGUCGCUCCUCGUGCGCUGAAAGAGGGUCUUGAGCGGACAGCCGAUUUCAUUCUCAACCCUCUGUUUCCUACCAGCCAGGUCGACAGGGAAGUCAACGCAAUCGAGGCAGAGUACAAAAUGGAUCUCCCAAAUGACCCUCAUCGACAAUACCAAAUCCUCUAUACGCUGGCGAAACCAGGCCAUCGGCUCAAUCAUUUCAAUAUCGGCAACAUCGAAUCACUUGUCACACUUCCUGAGAGAGACGGGCGCAGCCCGCGGGAUGAGCUGGUCGACUGGCAUGCAGCCAACUAUUGUGGUCGGCGAAUCAAAGUCGUUGUUUUUGGUCGAGAGGAUGUGGAUACUUUGCAAAGCUGGGUGACAAACCUGUUUUCAGAUGCCCGGAUCUCGACGCAAGGCCUGCCGUUAACCGGUCCCAACGCCGUCUUCCGCUCCUUUGACAUACCUUUCCGCCCAGAGGAGCUCGGUAAAGUUGUCUUCUACCAGGCUAUCAGGAAGAGUCGCAACAUUACGAUACACAUCCCAAUCCCAGAUGUUCGUCAUAUGUACCGAACAAAACCCUUUUGGUUCAUCGUUCGACUACUUGGGUAUGAGGGUAACGGAUCCGUCCUCGCGUCACUGAAGGAACGCGGCUGGGCGACCAGUUUGGACACCUGGAUAGACGAGAGGACGCCCGGAUAUGGCCUCCUCGGGCUCCACAUCAUGUUGACAGCCGACGGAUUGAAGCAUUGGACCGAGGCCUCGGCGCUGGUCUUCGACUGCGUGCGGAUGUUGCGUCGACGAUCGCAUGACUUGGAGCAAGUCUUCGAGGAGCAGCAAGAGAUAUCCAAUCUCAAGUUCAGGUACCGGCAGAAGCGAGAUAGCGUGGCACACGUGAAGAACCUGGUGCAGCGCCUCCGCCAUCCCGUUCCUCGAUCGAAGGUUCUCUCCUCGGCUACGAUCUUUGAGGAAUACAACUCGAGUUUCAUCAACACAGCGCUGGAGCACCUCCAACUCGAAAACGCCAUCGUUUUUGUGGAGUCUCAGGAGCUCCCCGCCAACGGUCCUCCUACUUUCACCACAACUGAGCCAAUCUACGGUGGUCGGUUCACAGUCGACAGUCUUCAGAAGUUUGUUCAGCUCGGUGACACAAUUGAUCCAACACUUCAUUUGCCAAAUCCCAACCCGUUCAUCCCCAAGAACUUUGAGCUGACCCCGACGGGGACGGUCUCGGAUGUUCCUCUUCUUCUUUCCGACACCGCCUACUCGCGACUGUGGUACAAGAAGGACACGACGUUCCUGUUGCCGAAAAGCUCCAUCAAGAUGAAGCUACAGUCUCCUCUCAUUAACGCUUCGGCGCGCGGAGCAGCACUCAGCCUCUUGCUUAUAGAGUUGACUCAUCAUGUCUUUUCAACAGAGGAAGGUGACGCCGAGGUUGCAGGAUUCUCGUGGUACGCGGGUGGGGUCCACGAUACCCUGCGCUUCAACAUGACGGGAUUCACCGAUAAACUUGGCUUCUUCGUCGGCAGAAUCAUUUCCACGUUGUUGAACUUUGCUGUUGACCCCACAACCUUUGGUAACGUGGUCGAGCAAUCGAAGCAAGAUCUCAAGAACGAACUGUUCCAACCGCCAUAUCUUGUUGUAUACCACGAAGCCCCCAAACUUCUCGUGGAAACUCAUUGGAAUCAGGAAGAGCUAAUUCAGGAGCUAGAGAAUGUAACUGUUUCUGAUGCGGUGGCAUUCAGGACCGAGCUCUUCGCCAGGCUGCACAUUGAAACGUUGGUGUACGGAGCAAUCUCGGAGGAGGGCGCAAUCAAGCUCCACUCGAACAUCGAGAAGGCCAUAGGCAGUGCCGCUCUCACUCCGAAUGAGAAGGGUGGACCGCCAAGGUCGCUGCUCCUGCCGGAAGGGUACGAAGGAACCAAGGAGUUCACCUAUGGGAAUAGCGAGGAGCCCAGCAAUGGGAUCGCCUAUACUCUCUACGCUGCGACUGGCGUGGACGAUCGUACUACCCGCCUCAUUGCGUCACUUGUCCUCCAAGUUGCUCGUGCUCCGUUCUCCUCGAUUCUACGAACUCAAGAACAACUGGGGUAUGCGGUUAAGCUCCACCCCGAUGUGGUAGAAGGAUCACUUGUGCGCCUUCAGGCGUACAUUCAAUCAGACCGCGAGCCCGCGUUCGUCGAGAGUCGCAUCUCAGACUUUUUCGGCCACAAGCUCGGGGGCAUCCUCAGGGAUCUCUCAGACGACGACUUUGCAAAGUACGUUCAGAGUGUCGUGGACGCGCUCGAGGAGAAGCUCCCGAACCCGGACGAGGAAGCAUUCCGCAUCUGGGAAGCCAUCACACAUGGGCGCUACGAAUUCGACCGUCGAGCGACCGACGCCGCCCACCUUCGUACUAUCACCAAGGCCGACCUUGUUGACUUUUACGACCGCUACCUCAACAGCAGUUCCAAGACGCGGCGCAAGCUCGUCGUCUACCUGCGCAGCCAGAGGACUGCCCCCACAGAGGUCAAGUCGGGCGAGAAGAUUGAGGACAUUGCUGCGUUCAGGCAGGGUCUCGUGGCCGACAAGAGGGCGACGCCUGUCAAGCCUUGGACGGAGUAUGCCAAGGGGUCAUGAGCGGGCACGAGGUCCGCCGGUGUAUUGUUUUGUCUGUUGAUUCGAUCUGUAAAGUGUUCUGUUAGUCGGCGGCUGCUGGCAGCUGCCUCGAGCCUGUGAUGCAUUGUGUGUGAUGGUUG